UACACGUGGUAUAUACAUGAUCGUGUCAUCGUGUCCUAAAAUUGGAAAAUUGAUAAUUUUAAGGAAUCAUUAACAUAGUUUAGCGGUUCGUGGCGUGUUGCCCCGCGUGAUUUAAUUGCGAUGGGAUGUUCCAACUUGUUUUCGGCAAACACUAGAGCAUCGAUAUGAUCGGGUGGUCAAGAACAAUGGACGCCAUGCUGCUGGCUCUGUACUCAUUCGAUGUGAUGCAAAUAUAAGAAUAUUCUCCCGAGUAGUCAUUCAUUUUAGGAGGAAAUUUACAUGUACUUUUCUUGACUUGGAGCUCACGCAAGUGUUCCAAUUGUUAUGCAAGAUGUCUGCAAAGGUCGUCACCAUUGGCCAGCUAAUUCAGAAAUGUCUCAAGCAGGCUUAUUUUUUGCCACAGAAACCAUCUUCCUAUUCCAAGGGAUAUAGAUUUCUAAAUGAUAAGAAAUACCGCAUGUACGAUUGCCCACCUAGCUCGCUCAAUUUCGAUCGUCUUCUGUAUCCAUUUCGUCAUCUUCCUGCCGCGGGGAAUGAGAUUCCCAUAAUAAUGGAGUGCAAACCGCCGGAAUAUUUACAACAACACUGGAGACGAUGGCUUCCCGCUUUUCCUCCACCUGUAAUUAAAUCGCUGGACGAAGGACUUCAAGAUGAUAUCCCAGUCAUCACGACAGGCGCGUUACAAGGCAUCCCCGAAGAAAAGCACAGCGUACAUCCCGACAUUUUGUACAAACUGCAGCUUAAAAGUUCGAUUCAGGAAGUUGGAGUUCUUUGUCCUAAGCACAUGGACAUUAAUUCAGUUUCUUUUCCCUGCGCUGUGAAGGCAGACUUAAGUUCUGGUGGUCGAGGAAACUGGCUUGUGAAGAACGAGAGUGAAUUAUCAGCAACCUUGAGACAGAUUCGGGGGGUUUGUGAGUGGAAGGAUGGAGUUGUAUUUGAGGAAUUUAUCCCUAGCGUCAAAGAAGUUCCUAGCUUUCAGUUUUACCUGCACAAAUCUGGGGAGAUAUUUUGGGUGGGAACUACGUCCGGCGGUUUUAUCAAUCGGUUUGCCUGGAUUAAAGGAUCAGUUGACUGGGACAGGCAAGAUGAAUACAGAGACCUUGUCCAUGAAGAAUUCACCUUGCCAAUUAGUAAUUAUCUUUUAGACCACGGUUAUUUUGGUCUUGUCACUUUUGAGGUUUUAUUCACAGACCACGGCAACUACCUUGUCGAUGUGAACCCAAGGAUUGGGGGCGACACAACACACUUAUUACUGGCACGCCACAUUGCAUCAGAAAUUGGCUUAAAGCAUUCAGCAAUAUUUUGCAAAAACAAACACAACAAUAUGACUGCUGGAAUGUUGGUUGAGAAGGCAGACCAAAACAAUGGUAAAGGCGAGUCAAUCAUCGCUGUACUUUCAACUAUGGACGCAGACAAAGGCUGUGAAUCAUAUCUGUCUAUUUUUGCCAAGAACCCUGAAGAAGUGCAACAGCUUUUUCAUCAGCUGAACAAUUGACACUUACUCAGGUAUGAAUUGUCAUAGUAAUGCAAUUCAUGCAAGUACAUGAAUAUAUUUAACAUGUCAUAUGGUAAGUGGGUGGAAUAUUAUCAUGAGGGGGCCACUCCAUUUUAGUAUCCACCCCUCCCCCUUCCCCAUGGUUGGGAUCUUCUGAGGGGCGCUUUGCCUUACUUUUGUUCUUAAGAAUAUUUCUGAGGGGUAUGAUCCAUUUUUCUCAGGGAGUAUAGUCAACUUACAACAUCCGUUGUUGGGGGGACGGGGAGCUGUGGCUAUUAAAUGGAUUAACUCCCAGUGAGUGUAGUCCUGUCGGAAUGGGACUGUUGUUGAGAGUGCAUUACUGUCAUCUCAACAACCUGUGCUCUAGUCAUUUCGAUAUGAAUCAAAGUGUGCAUGAGAAACUCUCCUUCGGGACAACUCUAUUCAAGGGACACCUCCAUUUACAGGACACAAAAUUUGGUCCCAGAAAAAUAUUAACAUAAUCUUUGUAUCUGUUAGGGUGAUUUUCUUAUGACCUUGAAAAAUGGUUUCGGUAAAUGCUCGUAAUUUGUUUUGUAAGCCAAAUAUGGGCGAGAAGAUCAAAACAUAGACUCUUUGUUUUCCCACCAAAGAAAACCCUUAUAUGGAGAAGGCAUUUUUCGAUUGGCCAAUUGUGUUGCAGUAUGGCAUCAAAGCAAAGUAUUGAUUGAUUUCUAGAAAGUUCUUCAGGCAUGAAGUUUUUUUGGGUGAACGUUUGCUUAACCAACCAAAAGCCAUGCGUGUUUGUAUCCAUUCGAUAAACCAAUCAGAUGGCUCCAUUUCCUUUCAUUUGUUAUGUCUGUUUUGUUUGCGCAUUUUCAUUUCAAGGUCAUGCGAAAAUCCCUUUACCUCUAUUGAGGGGACAUCUCUAUUUGGGGAAAGGAACACUUUUUCUGGCUUUAAAAACCGAGGUUUAAGCUCCAUUUAGGAGACACCUCUAGUUAGCCCCUGAAAAGUGACUGACCAUAAAAAGUGCUGGUAAGUUUAAGUAUAUACACCAGUCACACUGACCACAGCUUUCACAACAUGAACUAUCUCACUUAAAUCGAUGUACUGCACUUGUCGCAGUUCAUAUUGCGGAGAUAAGCUGCUUGAAAUAAUGACUACAGCAGAUUCCAAGGCAGAAUAAAAGAAAAUUUUUUUAUUUGUUAGUUAAUUAUCAACAAACCGCAGCCCAACCUCCAUUCAGGGGACACCUCUAUCCAGGCAGAAGACACUUGCCUUAAUUGGUCCCCAGGUUGUCCCCUGAAUAGAGGUUCCACUGUAUCUAAUCAGUUGAUGUUGUUCUGUCAAUGACAGUCGUAUUCAGGUCAAUAAAUUAUGUACUUACCCACAUGUUCAUAUUCCACCCACUUGCGUAAUAUGACAAUUUAUUUUAUAAGAAUAUGGAAGAUGAAAUUUGCAAUAUUUCAAGAAAAGUUAAGAUAUCAAGAAUUUAGUUUUGUGUGCUUUAAAUUGAAGAUAAUUUAGAUUUUAAUAAAAAUUUGACAAAAUUCUUCUUUUAUUAAUAGAAAUUAAGGCAAAACUGACCAAAACUAGCCAAACCUGAGUGAUGACAACCAUUCAGUGCUAAUUAAAACAAAGUAUCACCGCAGUACAAUUGAGAACAGAAAAUCAUCUUGCAAGAAUUUUUUUUGCUUUAACACUGGCACAAAUAAAAUAAAAAAGAGAAUAUUUAUAGCAGAGAGAGUUGAUUAUUUAAUAGUUUUUGAAAUUUGUGCUUGGAAGACUGAUCUUGUGCACAAAGUUCAAAUUAACUAAGGGAAUGUUAACCCAGAGCUAGUGGACCACGGGUAGGCGAGGUAACCCGCUUAGGUGGGGCAACCUGCCAAUCCAUAUAAUCUGACCUUUUAACUUGAUAAUGUUGACUUGAUAGGCCUGAGUGAUACCCAAUGCAAGGAUGGGUUCUCCGGUCUGCCCGACCAGUUAACCCUGUCAUAUUAGUUUUGUUUACACCAAAUUGUAUUAACAUUGUCAUACCAAAAAGCGAAAAACAAAUAAAUGUAUCUAAUCAGUUAAUUAUAGCCAUGCAAUUUACCGUAAGUCCUUUUAUUUUGCUACAUGUAAUUCUGAAAACACCUUUGCAGCUCAACGUUAAAUGAAUUGUACCUUAAUGUUAAUGUAGUUAUUAAAGGUAAAUUGGCC